UUUGGUUUUUCCGCCUCUCCUCCAUUUUCUUUCUGCUUGAUCCUUUUCCCCAGUUCUACUUCCUAGGCAUUAAAGUUUUACCAUGACUGAAUUCCCCUUGCAAAUUCAUACAUGAAUCUUGCAAUAUUUCUGACGUUUGCCUCAAUCACAACAUCCCCAUUUCCCAACCUUCAGAUCAAACCCUGCCCAUCUUACUCUUUCUUCUCCAAAGCAAAGACACGCUCGAUUUGCAGGACGUUAAUACAUUGCUCGCUAACCCAUGAAGGGUUCAAACCAUGUGAGUGUUUUGAUUUGUAUAACGAGGUGGUUUCUUAUAGAGAAGCAUGGUCCUGGCAAAAUAGCAUUGUUAAACAGAAAAAGGCGUUGAUUGAUAGAAAUGAAGAUUGCGCAGAUACGCUGAUUAUAUUACAACACGGUCCUGUGUUUACAAUGGGUGCCGGUAGUUCAGAAAAGUACCUCAAAUUUGACAUAAACAACGCUCCUUACGAUGUUUAUCGAACUGAACGAGGUGGGGAGGUCACAUAUCAUGGACCUGGCCAGCUAGUUAUGUAUCCUAUUAUCAAUCUCCGGAAUCACAAGAAGGAUCUUCACUGGUACCUCAGGGCACUUGAGGAGGUCGUUAUUCGUGUUCUCUCAGCCACAUUUUCUAUAGAGGCGUCUCGGCAAGAAGGUCUAACUGGAGUUUGGGUUGGAGAUCAAAAAUUGGCAGCAAUUGGGAUACGAGUAUCUCAUUGGAUAACAUACCAUGGUUUAGCACUGAAUGUCACCACAGAUUUAACCCCUUUCCACUGGAUAGUCCCGUGUGGGAUACAGAACCGCCAAGUUGGAAGCAUAAAGGGAUUGCUCGGUAAAUUGCAGCCAUCCAAUGGGCGCAGAGAACAUAGCAUAUACAAUACUGACAAUUUAUCUCAAAACAAGAAUGUUGAUGAUAGCAAGUUGAUUGAUAUUGCUCAUGAUUCUUUAAUGAAGCAAUUUUCUGAAGUUUUUCAAGUUGAAAUUCACAAGAAAACCAUAUCCUAUCUUGAUCUUCUCGGAGAGAAAACUAUCCAGCAUCAUCAGAUUGAGCACGACAUCAUUCAAUGACUGAGUUGGAAUUCUAAAGUGUUUAUGAGGUACUACUGAUUGCUUCUGCAGACAUAUCCUUGAUUAGUUACUGCAUUCGAGAGUUCUCAAAUAUGUAGACAUUAUACAUGUACUUACUCUGUACUGAAGGUCCUUUAUUUAACAUAAUUUUUGACCUACGCGAGCAGAGGUGAAUCUGUUGAUGGUCUUAGUUGAAGGUAUGACUACAAUCCCGAGUAGAAAAAUCCCAGAUGUGCUUAUUUAGAUGGAUUUCAUGUCUUACUUUUCUUUUUUUUUUCUCUCCCCAGUGUGACAAGUCUUAAAUCUUCUUCUACAUUUCAUUGGGUAAAAGAAUCUCCUGACUUAGUGGUCUCAGGAACUUAGGUUCCCAAACUUUUGAAAAUAGCAGUUGGAUUUGUAGGAAUCUUGUAGAUUUGUACCUUCGAAAAAUAAAUUAACUGCAAAACUAAAAACUCUAUUGUAAACAAAAUGAAACAAUAAGAAUUAUAUUGACAGGCAUGUCAUUGGUUAUGAUCAAUGGAGGCUAUGAAUUGUGAGAUGUUGUGAUUAUGGAGCUUAGGUUUAGAGUUAGUAGACAGAUUCAAAUUUUGGUGAAUUCUAUGAAGCAACUCCACGAGUAUAAUCUUCAACAAAAACUCCACGAGUAUUUGCAUAUUUCCUUGUCUUAAGACUUUUGAGAAGCUUCUUCUGUGUUUUGAGAAGUGGGAGAUGAACAUUCCUCCCAUUACAUGUUACCCUGGAGGGUGAGGAAAGUUCUCAAAUUACCUUAAAGAGUUUUGCAACCAGCACUACUGUGAAGGGCGGCCUAUGUGAAUCAAAGGAGAGAAAAUCGGGAGAGAAGCAAGGCCUACAAGAAUCUGGGAUUAAGCAAAAGGCAUAGGCUUCAUUAGAUUGACAAAGAAGCCUCAUUAAACUGACAGAGAAGCCAUAGAGAAGCUGUAGAGAAAGAUUAACCAUCACUUAUGGACCAUUGGGACUGUAUAAAGAAUAAUCAGUAACCUACAGAUAACAAGAGGUUGGAAAUUUUACACCAACAUUGAAAAUGGGAGAUUUAUUGGAAAA